UUGUCAUCAAAGUGCAUAGUGUUGGCAGUGCAGGAGUUUUUAAAUGUAUGGAUUAAUCAGAUAUUAUACUAUAAUAAGGUCUACAGCCCCUCAUUAUUUGAUCAGGCAAAAGCAUUUAACAUCCCAAUCCAUAAGAAUAGAAAUCCCAAAUUGAAUGGGUAUUUGGACAAUUUGCUACAAAACUUCUUGAAAAAUGUCUUGAUCCAUCGUGAGAAGAAAGACGAGAAGUUUAAAAAGGGGUACAGUGCUGUUGAUCAAUUGUCAAUUGUCAUUUACAACACGAAGACUAGAAAUGUGAAGAAAAAAUACGUGUUACAUUUCUCAGAACUCAUCCUAUGCUUGGGGGACUUGAUAGGCGACCUUCAGAAUUCAUCCAAAGAUUUAUCAGCUAAAAUCGAUAUCCCUGAUUUCACUUGGAACACAGUCUAUUCACAAUUUAACACUCUUUUAUAUCAACACAUCAACGAAUUGAAGAGAACGGAAAAACUAGAUGCAAAAGCAAGACAAGAUUAUCAGUCAGUAUUUGGAGUUUUCGAUUCUAACGAUCUCUUUUUUAAGGUUGUAAUAGAGAUGGAAGAUUCAAUCGACCUCAUAAAUCAUGAUUGGGUUAAAUUACAAAAUUCAACAGUGAGUUCAAAACUGAAUACAUUUAUACCAAUAGGCGAAGUGAAUUUACAUCUAAUAAAUUUUGACAUUCAUAAUGAAUAUUUUUAA